UCUCUGUGGGGAGCUAACGUGCAUGGGUCCUGGGUCCAAAUGCCAGGUAGCAGCAGCUUCAACUUUAUAUUUCGGAUACACUGCAAAACAACUGUCAACUGCCCUGAAACUCCUGCGAUCCGGGUACAUCAUCACUGAAUCGUUAUCGCGCACGCCAGCCCUCUAGCCACCUACCGGCAAGAUGAACACAACCUUCAAUAGCGCCCUCAAACAAUCCACCUCCCUCCGAAAAGAUCUCUCCUCCCUCUCUUCCCCCGACGCCGACAUUACCCCCGCCAUCCUCGGCUCCGUCAGCGCCAGCCUCGCGGCCCUCUCCCGAACGAUAGACGAGUACAAUACACUCGCCAAGCAGGAGCUCAACAAGGCCAAGCAAGAGAAGGCCUUUGAGCGCAUCAAGGACUUCAAGCAGGAAAUCUCGUCGUACCGUGCCCUGCUCGACCGACUUAAUAAGGACAGAGAAGAGCGGGAGUAUGUGAACAACAGGGGGGAGCUGCUGGGGAGGAGGCCCUUUGCCGCGCAAACCCCCGAGAACCCAUAUACUGGCGCUACAGUGUCAGGUGUACAGACUACUUCGGGAUAUGGGCAUGCGAGGACGAACAGCACGGUCGAGUCUGGCGGUGGGAUGGGGAUAGGGAGCGGUGAUGUUAUGCGGGAGUCGCAUGCGCUGAGGGAGCAGGCGUUUUUCCAGCACACGAACUCGGCGUUAGAUGAUUACAUUGCUAGGGGCCAGGCUGUAUUGGGCGAUCUGGGGCAACAGAGGGAGAUACUCAAAAACACGCAGCGGAAGCUGUAUAGUGUUGGAAAUACGCUCGGGAUAUCGGGGGAUACUAUUAGGAUGGUAGAACGGAGGGCGAAGCAGGAUAAGUGGAUUUUCUGGGGAGGUGUCAUGGGCUUUUUUAUGUUUUGCUGGUUAGUGUUGCAUUACCUGCGGUAGUGUCCCGACCAGGGAGAGUGGGAAAUAGUCAUGAAGUGUGGAGUUUUGGCAUGGUUUUACGGCAAACUGGUACCAAGGUAUAUAUGACCGAAGUUUUUGUUUUGUG